AUGGCCACACACACGUGCACCCAGUUUUUGAGCCUAAGCGAAAUUUCGCCUGCGAAAACGGCUACCACCUUUACUUUGGAUGCAUCCCACUUUGGUAGAUGUGAUCUUAAUCUAUUCAUCGAUAGCUUGGAGACCAUCUCCAAACUUGAAAAAGAACGGCACGAACGCCGCCAACGUCGGCGAGAGCAGAAGAUCCAAAAGGAGCGAAUGGCCGAGCUGGAGGAUGAGCGCUGCACAAGCCCAACGCCCAGUGCCGAUGAAGCCGCCGACGAGCCAGUUAUGUACUUGGAGGCCAAGUGCAUUCCGUACGCGGUUUCUAGUGCCCUGCCUGUCCUUACGGAACCUGGUAUGCCAGAGUAUUACACCUGCAACGACGAAGCCUACAGUAGCGCCUCCCAGUCACCGCGCAGCAGCGUCACUUACUGCAGCUGUGGCGGCAUUUCCAGCCUAGACUCCGACUCCGCCGAGUCGGGGGUUUGCGACAUCAGCUCGCCGCCGCCCCUGCGACCCCGCUCUCAGGUGAUCACGAAGCCGAAGCAACGUUCUACAAGAUCCCGUAUAAUCAGCAUGGUUUUGAAGCGGGAGUAUGCCAAGGCACCGUUAGCUGAGAAGUCCAAACACUGCGAUCAUCUACUCAGCGACACCAUCAGUCGCCAGUACGGAGGACUAACCACCAAAUCCCGACGCGGCAUCGCCUGUCUGCAGGGGUCCCCGGAAGAGCGCUUUCUGGACAAGGCCCUGCGAUACCUAACUUUGUGA